CAUCAGGAAGUAUGGGAUCCCCUGGGCCUGACCCUCCUCCCAUGGGAGCAGGGGAAAUUCCUUCCAGGAGCCGCCUUGCCUAGAACAAAGCUUGGCGCGCAUUCCACUGCUGCUCAGGCUGACAAACAGCGUCCUUGUACUCGGAGAUCCAGAGGGAGCGCGCGGACAUCGGGGGCCUCAUGGCCCGGCCGGAGCACCGCGAGUGGAACCCGGAGCUCAUCAAACCCAAGAAGCUGAUCAACCCUGUGAAGGCCUCCCGGAGUCACCAGGAGCUGCACCGGGAGCUGCUCAUGAACCACAGAAGGGGCUUGAGUGUGGACAGCAAGCCUGAGCUGCAGCGGGUCAUGGAGCAGCGGCGCCGGAACCAGCUGCUGAAGAAGAAGAUGGAGGAGCUGGAGGCGAAGCGGUUGCAGUGCCCCUUGGAGCAGGAGCUGCGGCGGCGGCAGCAGAGGCUGGACCAGCUGGAAAACCCACCAGAGAAGGAAGAGGAGCACGCACCCGAGUUUAUCAGAGUCAGAGAAAACCUGAGGAGAAUCGCCACACUGACCAGCGAAGAGAGGUCGCUGUAGAGGUCCUGGCCGCCGGACGGGGACCCCACCCAGACCCUCCUCCAGCCCUUCUGAACCUGACCACCCUGGCCAGCAGUGAGGCUCACACAACUCCCAUAGAGAUGCACAGCCCCCCCUAGAGCCUGGCUCCCCCUGAGAAGUUAUGGACCCCUAAGCCCCAGACAUGGAGAGCUGUGUCCCUUUGACAUCCACCUAAUCACUUCUCCUUCUGCCAGCCCUUAGCCACUGCCAGGAAAGCCACCUGCUUCCUGCUUUGACUCCGCUUAGGUUGUCUCUCUGGCAGAGUUGGCAAGGCACUCCUCCCUUCUGCUGCCAGCUUCCUGUGGAGGUGCCAUGGGUCCUCCUUGUAGCAGCAGCCUGGCUCCGAGGUGUGGGCGACAGUGGAGCUGACCUGAGGCCAGAGCUUGGCUUCCAGACCACCUGUCUUGUAAAGCGGAGAGCAGAGGAGGGCCCAGCCAUCCCCCAGGAGGAAGGGCAGGGUGGGUGAUAGCAGCCGUCUUGCCAGGUGGCAAGGAGACUGGCCGAGGCAGCUUGGGGGUCCGCCUGGCGUCAGCUCCGCGCUCUGAUUGCUCCCCAUCCGGACCGCUUAGCCGCACACCGCCCCAGGCCCCGGCACUCAGGGUCCCAGUCUAGCAUAGCACUUUGCCAACUCUGUUGUACACACGAAUCGCCACAGACCCAGGAAGUCACAGCCCCUGGUUUCGGAAUCCAGGCCAGGCGCAGAGACCCUGCAUAAUCGAACAAGCUCCCAGGGGAGGACCCGGCUGCAAGCCAGACCGGAGCACCGGGGGUGGGAUGUUUUGGACAUACCCAGCUUCCAUGACCCUCUGCCCUGAAUGAGUCCCCAGGGCCACCUUGGCAGCCCCAAGGAUGCUCUUUCACUAUCCCCACCCCAGGGGCUCCAGGCCUAGCAAACCAGAUUGAUUACGCGACUGUAAUUGCCAAUCUCACCACUGUGACCACACCCCAUCACACAAUUCUAGCCAAAAAGAAAAAAAGCAAACCACUUAUCUUUUCUGCAUCCUUUUGGAAAGCAGAUAUACAAUGAUUUCCAGUGGAAGUAUUUUCUGCAACUACAAACUGUAGUUUGAAGACACACUACUGUGUUUAUGAUAGGACUGGCCUCUUACAGACCACAUUCCCAGCCUCGGUCCCCUGAGGCCCACUUCACCCUGGGACAGCUCCAGCAAAUCCACUCGUUCUCUCUCCUCAAAGGUUUCUGCCCAGGCUGGGGCCGCGGCUCAGUAGAGGGCUUGCCUAGCAUUCCUUGUGCAGGGAACGUGGUGGUCCGUGCCUGUAAACCAGCAUUGGGGAAGCGGAGGUAGGAGGAUCAGAAGUUCAAGAUCAUCCUUGGCUCCACGCUAGAUUUGAGAAUAUCCAAGGCUAGCCUGGGCUACAUAAGAUCUUUUUCUCCAAAAAAAAGUUCCUUCCUGGGAUGGUGACAGUGCUGGCAAAGCAUUUCCUGUCACUCCAAAACCAACAGCCCUCGUGUGCUCUGCUUCCUGGAAGUCAAGGUGGGCUGCAGCAGGCAGGGAGCCUCAUUCCUAAGGACACGGUUGAGGGUGACUGGAAAGCUAGUCUCUUUCCUGUGAAUGAGGUCAGCACGGAGGUGUGAAUAUAGAUGUGUCCUGUGCGCGCGUGUACGGCCAAGCUAGGAAGAUCUUGACCACCGCUGUCUUGGUGAGAAAGUGAAGCUGUUUGGAGUCGGGUGAGGGUUGCGCUGACGGUGUGUGACUGUCAAAUACAGACCAGGGGAGUCAGUCGCCUCGCAGAUACGUGUGCGGCUCAGGCCCGGGGUCCAGCACCCAGCAGCGACUGAGCUUUCACCCAGGGGUUCCCAGAGGGGGUCCUAGGAGACGAACUGCUGGAACACAAGGGGUACGCCAUCCAGAGAGCCACGACCGGCGCCUCGGUGCCAGUCCCCAGGCCAACUCUAGCGCCUCCCACCAGCAAGGACAAGGCAGGUCCCCGCGAUUCCAGCCUCCUCUGCCACCCAGGUGACCGACCGCGCGACCAGCCAUGGCUGGUGAAACUGAAGUGGGAGUCCCCAGGAGCUUUCAAUGCUUUUGUGAUUAAAAAAGGGGGUGAGGGGAGAUGCAUGGGCUCUACCUCCCCUCUGCUUCCUCUUCCUGCCUUGAUGGAGGAGACCAUGCCUGGGAGAGUGGAGAAUCAGAGCAACCUAAACCCCUUGCAUCAUUUGACCAAGCCAAUGCUAACAGCUUCUUGGAAUUCUUGUAAAUAAGAAUAAAUCUGCUUGUUUCAGCCACCA